CGGGGCCGCGCUGGUUCAUCGCGUCUGCGCGGCUCGAGCGGCGCGGCGUCGGCGUCUUUUUGUACCGCCGCGCCACCGAUUUCUGUCGCUGUUCUGCCGCGCCGGGAUCCAGGCCUCUAGCCCCUCCAGAUUUUGUUCGUCACACGCUACGGAAGAAUCUGUGUGCUUGAGAAGGCUCUUGUUGUGUUGUUGAUCCCUUGGAGCUGAUCUCCUGCGUGUGCUUUAGAAGACUGUGGAGAAGACUGGAGUUUGUGGUGUUGCUGGCUGGCCUCCCUUUCAGCAGAUCUCCUGUGUGUGUAAGUUUAUUUCUUGUUUUUGUGUCUUUAAGUAUAUAGGCCCCUGUGGUGUGUAUAGCUGGUUGUAGUUCUAGUUCUAGUGAAAAGGGAUGCCCUAUCUUGUAAUUGGAUGUUUGAGGCUGUUAGGGUGUGUGUGUCAGCUUUGUGGCCUGUGAUGCAAAAGAGUGUCAGUCCCUAACCCAAAAGAAUGGAGUUGGUAAACCCUCCCAUUUGCACAGAGUAGCUGUAGUCUUCACUGUCCCUCUCUCUAUAUAUAUACAUAAACACACAGGCUUGAGAAGACUGUGGAGAAGAUUUUGGAGUUUGUAGUGUUGCUGGCUGGCCUCCAUUUCAGCUGAUCUCCUGUGUGUCAUGUAUUCUAGAAAAAGAACAGCGUCAGAGGCACCAAGUCUGGAAGAGUUGUGCCACAAGAGGCUCUGCUCUGAUGAUGCAGUUUCUCAAUCAUCCUCCUCCUGUACAACCACAGAGAGCGAGGGGAGAAACACUGGGAAUAUUCGUAAAACCAAGGCCAGUGACAGCUACCGUUACUUAUCGGCAUUUUUGAAGUGGAUUGGGAGUAGCACAUUCCACCCUCUGUUUACAAAUGAUGUGGUAGUGACUGUCGAUGUGGAGGCGGUUCAUGAUGGUGCGAGAGUGGAAUGCUGCGAAGUCUGCCAGGAGAAACUUGCCAGGAUGGGGGUGGUUGCGGCUAUACGUGCUCUCAACUGGGAGGGGCUAGUUACUGUCGAUUUGGAGAAGAUUGAUGAAAGGCUGUGUGCACUGGGCACAAGUGCCCAAACGUGCCUGCUGAAUGGGUUCAGCAAUGGACGAGUAAAGAUUUUCUUGUGGGAGUUGGUUUCCAUUGCGAGAUCAAUGCUGUGCACCAAGCACUUUGUGCGUCUCAGCCUCACUACUCCUCUAACUGCUGAGGAAUCUGGGCUGAUGGUGACGGUUGGGGUUAAACAUUUUUUAGAGAUACCCAGUGAUGAUAGUCUAACCCAACCAGCCCUGGAGGAGCUCUCCAGCACCACUAACAGCCCAAGGCAACCAGCCCUGGAGGAGCUCUCCAGCACCACUAACAGCCCAAGGCAACCAGCCCUGGAGGAGCUCUCCAGCACCACUAACAGCCCAAGGCCCCUAACCCAACCAGCCCUGGAGGAGCUCCCAGGCACCACUAACAGCGUUCUGGACCCGCCAGUGCCAGUGGGCGAACCUCUCUUUCCUCUUGGCUGGCUGGCAGACUACCCCGGACUACAACUCAAGAGACUUGAUCUGCAGUUCAACUUCCCCGAGGAAGAGAGCAACCAAACUUCCAAGUUUGACGCCACACGUGAGGCCCUCGACCUUUUCGCCCGUUCUGCCGUUCUGUCGACUCGGCCUGUGUCACAUUUCUCGGCGGCCACCACUGCUAGUCGGCCAUCUCCACAGUUCUGGAGAGCCCCUACCUCACAGAGCUGAGACUCGUCAACUGCAGCUACAUUGGAGACGACGGGAUCCUUGGGGCGAUGACAAGAGCCAUUGCCCAAACACACAAUCUAGGCAAACUCGUUUGAAAAUGUGGGCAUGAGUGGUUUUGGGUCGUACAAGACUUCAGAGACCUUCACCGGCUUCUUUACGAUGCUGUUCAGCAUGCCCGGGGAACAACUGUUCAACUUUGUGCUGGAGCUCGGCACCAUUGGCCGAGAACAAGCGGACGCAAUCGUGAGGCAUGGAGAUCACAUGCCCACAUUUGUCAAAAGCUGAGGGCAGUUACAUACACCUCAAAGUCGUCGUCACAUCACUGCAGUAUAUACAAUAGCCGUGGAGGUCCAAGUUCACUAAUAAAAACUCAAAUCCCUCACUCAUUACUCGUUCACAUUAUUAAUUACGUUUCU